CCAGUGACUAUCUAUUGUUCUGCGGAAUAACGAGACUAUAACGCAUAUUUGUUUUCUUGGUAGUACCCCACUGCAUGUGCGGUGACCGAAUACAUAUGACUGUAUGCGUUUUAACGAUUCCUUUGCCUUAUUUUGUUAUUGAGCAUUGAACUGAGCAGUUCGAUGUUAUUGUGUAGGCUAAUGAGAUCACAAUGCGGAAAUAGAGGAGACAAAUGCAGGGGAGGUCUCAUCGAGGAGGUGACAAAGAAGUCGGCCCAAACUCAAGCGGAGCCACUCUUUCAUAUAGGUCUCCAGGAAUAUAUUGUAAAAUUGAGAUAACGUCAGAGAGAGGUCACAGCAAGAAGGCGACUUCACCUCCACAAUGGCAGCUUAUUCUAAAGCACCACCAACUAUCUCCUUCGACGAGUUUAACGGGGAUGUCUUUCCAAGAGAGAAGGGCCUACCCUACAACAUGAACGCUGGUCAUGGGGGCGCUGCAGCUAUCCUGCUCCACACCCACCAACGUCAGUCCACCACCCAAAGCCAGCUGAGUCUGAUUCAAUCCGCUUUCAACUCGAAUUCGUUCAACACAAAGUUGAUUUCGACAUCAGUGGUAGGUAUCCCUGCAAUUAAGGAUAAUGUACCCUAUUCGGCCUCUAUCUCCAGGGAUCUUCAAACGAAUCGAGACGGGGAUCUGAUCAUGAAGAUGAGAGAUGGAAGGCACAAUGUGACUUUGUUUUCCAAUCAGGCCAUCUUUACCCGCGGAGGGCGCUUUCCGCAAAGGGAAUCAUCUCCAGAAGGUACCCUUGUAAUAAGCCUCCAGGAGCUCGGAUUUGCUUCCAUCGCGGAUGCCGUCGAGGAUACGGCAUCUUUCUUGAUCGGAUGUAGCACAUCCAGAUCUGACGAAAACACACCUGUCGCUUGCUGCUAUCAGGUAGACAUUUGGAAGAGUGGAGAUGACUGGAAGUUGGACGCUGUCCCUGGUGGAAAAUGUGGGUUCAGUGAGAUGACAAAUAAAUGGAAAUUCGACAUGAACCAGGACGGUGGUGUUAAGAUCGAAGGCCCUCCAGAAAGUCACUUCGUGUUCUUCUGCAACCGAAAUUACUCUGGGGAUGUAAACGAAGGCUCGCCUUGUGGAAAAGUGUUUUUCGCUCAGACGCACAACGGUGAACUCAGCACGACUCUUGUACCCAAGAUCCGCACGCACUACGGCCGAGCAAUGUUCUUACUCUGCUCCAGGUCGAAUCCUGACACUAACCUUGUCACAUCGGCGUUGUAUUUCGUGGCGCCGAUGUAAAACAAGGUUGGUGUGUACUACAUCGCGGAAAGCACAGAUGAAACCUCACUGGCAACUCCAGCCCUGUGGUUGGUAAGUAAGAAGAUUGGGAAGUUAGCAGUGAAGAUGAAACCAGACCUAACCGGUCCCUGUCGGUACGCAUUCAUCUCCAAUGCACCAGAAGACCUUGAUGACCUCGAAAAGAGAUGUCUUCAGAACGAUUGCAUCGCGACCGGCGCUGAUGCCCCCUUGCGAGGUCAUCUUUCAGUCGAUGAAGGUUUCCUGAACAUCUGGACGGACAGACGGGUCGAAAUCAAGGUCGAGUCGGGCGCCGAUGCUGUCGAAGUCGUGCGGGAAUCUGAGUUGGAGGAAAAGUCAGGACGGUUCAUCUUCAAGAAAGACGUUUCCAGAGAAAUCAAUAAAGGAAAGGGUGUAAAGGUUUUCAGGGCGAGCGUUGCCUUACAAAACAAAGAGAGAAGAGAUGUGUCUGUGGAAUUGGCUGGUUCGCCAUGUCGAAUUAGUACGCAGAAACCAGGUGUGCACUUCGCUAUCAACUUCGGGGGCCCAGCCUACGAGAACGAAGAUGGAGUCGUGUUUGAUGACGGACGAUCUGCGAUAGCCUCUAUCUGCUCAGAUUCCGAUGGAUGUUAUUACGGCUGCCAUAUUGAUCAAUUGAGGAAUUAUCCCCAAGUGGUCGGAAACACAGAAGAUGGACCGUUGUACACCACUUUCAUUGGGAAUCGACCAAGCCAGACUGAUUCUGUAGAGUUCAAGAUCCCAGUACCCGAAGGGAGGUUGAUCGUCACACUGUUCACGAUGUCCUCGGGUUUAGAUGACGUCACAGUUCUAGUGAACGGAGCGGAUGUGUCAACUCAGAUUCAGGAGCAAUUACAUCAUCAGGUCGAGUCGAUCCCGGGAUGCACAGCAAAGAAAGUAUCACUCCCUGUAAUUGCAUCUGACAAUACUCUGGAUAUCUCUCUCAAGCGUAGUGGUGGUGUCCAACUUUCUGGUCUCCUCGUCCAAAACGAAGACUCAAAUGGAACACAUUCCCGUAAAGACCAGCUAGAAUUAUCUGCGGACCAAAAGCAAGAGAUUGGUGAUGAUCUUGUCCCUCUCGGUCGUCACAUUGCCGGAUACGACCUUCAAAACCUCGGAUGCUCGGGAGAUAUCCUUAGGAUGAAUAAGAAAAGGGUACCGGAACAAGAUGCUACUCGGUGGCAAUCACGAUGUGGCGGGGAUGGCGUCGAGGAAAGGCUGGUGUUGAUUGGUGAAUGUGGUGUCCUAGAUUAUCGCGUGAAUCUUGAAGAGUUCUUUGAUGCAGGAAGUCUAGACAAAGCUCCUCCUGUUCAAUUCUCAACAUCGCUGCGUUCAUUAGCCGCCUCGGGAGCUACCUACGAAAUUACAUUUACUCUCGAGAAAUCGGAAGGGUCAGUGGUCCAGGAGAAAUGCACAAAAGGAACACAGGAAAAGUCAGAUUGUUGGUCAAGGGUCAAACUGGCCUUUGAAGAAUACGGAGCGGGCGUAAGGAGUGUCAAGAUAAAGAUUGAAGUCAAAGGUCAAGGGGUCGAGAUCUCUGCUGCGUCUUUGCGGCUAAAGUGUCGCCGACCACACAGGACUGGCCUCAGGGAUGGAUUGCAUGAUGUUAAGAUCGUCAGAGAUACCAAGAUGUUGGCCAGCCUGAUACGCAACGUGGUUCGGAAGUACGGACUUCCAACUUUGACGGAUCGCUCGGAAAAUGAAAUCUCGGUUCCAAAAGAAGAACCCCUAAAGCAGCCUCCCGCCACGACAAAGUCCGAUGGCGCCAAACCAACUGACGACGUCACCGCUGAUCACGACCGCACCAAGGACCCAGCCCAAACGAGCCCGAGGAAGAAGCGGGAGAUCAGAGUCUUCGUCUCGAGCACCUUCCUAGAUUUCGCUGCAGAGAGGGAGAUCCUCAUCAAGAAGGUGUUCAACAAACUGAAGAAGAUGUGCCUUGAUCGAGGGGUGUUCUUCAGCUAUGUGGACCUUCGGUGGGGCAUCACGAAUGAUCAGAGCAAUGAUGGCAAGACAAUCUCCAUAUGUCUCAGAGAGAUCGACCGAUGUCGUCCCUUUUUUCUGUGUCUUCUUGGUGAUCGUUUCGGCUGGAGUCAAAAGGAAGACGAGGUCGAUGCACUCCUCAAUAAAACCUACGACUACGCAAUCGAGAACUUCAGUCUUCUCAAGUGGAUCGAGGAGUACAGAUUUAAUAGCAGUGUGACACAGCUCGAAGUCCUUCAUUCGACCCUUCGGGAAAGGGAGAAUGCAUCGGAUAAGACGUUCUUCUAUCUCAGAAAAUCAAAGACGAAAGAGGAGCUUCUGAAGGAGAAAAGUCAUGAGCCUGAAUGGAAGAUUGAUCAGCAGAAAAGAUUCCGCCAAACUGUGGAGGAAUCGGGUCUGCCAGUUCGCCAUUACGCUGUAGCUGAUGAAGGCACAGAAUUCAUUCGUAAGGACUUAGAGCGAUGUAUCAACCAGGAGUUCCCACCAGAAUCAAAGCUCUCUCCACUCCAGCGAGAACGCGAAGCUCACUUGUCCUUUGCCGAAGCCCGCCGAAGAGUAUACAUCGGGCGGGCCGAGUACUUCACAAGAAUCAACGACUACUUUGCCGGAGAUCCGAAGUUACCGCUUGUGGUUCUCGGUGAAUCUGGAAGCGGGAAAUCGGCGCUUGUCGCCAACUGGUGUGGCCGAUUUGAGGAUGAGCACCCGAAUGAUUUUAUGUUUAUGCAUUUCAUCGGUAGCUCGGCAGACAGUGCUUCGCAUCUUAGAUUAAUAAGAAGACUGUUUGAAGAGUUAAAGCAGCAUUUCAACCUUGAACUGGGAAUCCCAACAUCUGACAAAUCUCUCGCCCAAGACCUACCAAAGUGGUUAGCUCUCGCGGGGAGUUACGGUCGGCGAGUGCUCAUUGUUCUUGAUGCUUUGAAUCAACUGGAUUCCGGGGCAGGUGGAGAAGGAGAUGAACUUGAGUUGAAAUGGUUGCCUCGUGAGCUCCCGCCAAACGUUCAAAUGCUUCUUUCCACACUGCCGGGAAAGGCUUUAGAUGCCGUGAAGGCAUUUAACUGGCCAGUCUUCCAUGUUCAACCAUUAGACCAGGCAGAGAAAGGAGAGAUAAUACGAUGUUACAUGGAGCUCUAUUCUAAGAGUCUCAAUGCUGAACAAACAGAUAUGAUUGUUAACGCUAAGCAGACAUCUAACGCUCUCUACCUUAGGGCCUUGUUAGAUGAGGUUCGUGUGUAUGGAUCCUUCUACGAGCUCACGGCAGCUAUCAAGACCUACUUACAAGCGCGGGAUCCGGGACAACUUUUUGUCAAGGUCUUAGAACGACUGGAGUCCGAUUUCGAACGCGGAGAACACGGAAGACCUAACCUGGUUCGUGACACAACUUGCGCUAUCUGGUGUAGUAGCAGGGGAAUGAGUGAACAGGAACUCAUAUCGUAUCUGCAGGUUCCAUCCCGUGUUUGGUCGCCAUUCUACCUCUCCCUCGAAGAAAACCUCGUCAAUCGGAACGGCAUCGUCAACUUCUUUCACGAUCAUCUACGCCAGGCCGUAGAGCGCAAGUACGUCUCGAUCCAGGCAGAUAAGAGACGAGGCUUCCUCAAACUCGCCGAGUUCUUCGAGAAACAUGACAUCAACGAGAGAUAUGUGGAGGAGUUACCAACCUUGCUGAUGGAGGUGAGUGACCUCUCACGACUCAAGGCGUUGGUGAUGAUCCCCAAGGCAUUCCAACUUCUUAUGAAGACAUCAGAGGGUAAAGUGCGGCUCAUCCAAGCAUGGAGAAUGCUUGGCGGCUUUGAGCAAGCAGGCCAGGCUUACUUGGAAUACGUCAACCACUCUAAUGCUUUCAAGGAAGUCGAGGAGAAGGAAUCCCUUCUAGCUUGUCUUACAGACUUCUUCACAGAGCUGGGUAUCCUCAAAAUUGCUAGGCAAUUGAAUGAGAGACUUUUGAGUACAUUGGAGGACCUUCAUGCUAGAAAUGACGUUUGUCAUGUGACACAUCACGUGAGAUAUGAGACCAAGAGGACAAAUAGACAUCGUGACGUCAUUGAGAACUUGCUUGAGUUGGGUAUAGUGUGUCAGAAGUUAGCAGACUACACUACCGCCGCUGCCUACUUCGAGGACGCCCUCACAAGGCUUGCUCACCCUGACUCCGUUGACCAGCGGCUCCAGAUGGUCAAGGCGCUUACUGGUCUCGGCCAAGUGUCUGGUGUGACAUCACAACCCUUUGAAGCUCACCGGUUCGUCUUAAAGGCCAUUGAGGUGUGCAACCAGGUUGUACCGGUGAACCAUCACUAUGUUGCAACCUUGAACGGACUGACUGGAGAGUUAUAUCAGAAGCAAGGCAGAGCGACAGAGGCCUUGCAAUACCAUAUUCUCGACAUUGUAGAGACACAGCGCACUGCGGGGCUGGGGAAACCAAGAGUGGCGACAAUCUUGAAUAACAUUGGCUUGGCUCUGAUGGAGCUAGAUCCAACUAUAGAGGACGCCCUACCAUUCUUGGUUGAGGCCUUGGCGAUACUCAUUGAUGCAUAUGGACCAGAACAUGUCGACGUCGCAUCUAUCAGAAUCAACCUCGCAGCCUACUUCUUCAAUGCUAAGCUGUAUAAGUAUUCCCUCUACCAGUACAAUAGAGCUUUCGAGGUCUUCAAGGUUUAUCUCGGUCCCCUUCAUCCGAAAUCACAGGAAGUUCGGCAAGGCCAAAAAGAGUCGAGACCAUUCACUUUGGUGCAAUGAAAAUCUUUCCAUGUUGACGUCAGAGACGUUGGAGCAUUUCAAUUGGCCAUGGGACGUUUUAUAAAGUUCUGCCGGAGACAUAAUAUUUAUUCACUAAAUGCUUGUUUUGUUUUACUAAUGAUGUAUUGCGAAUGAAUUUAAAUUCAUAUUGGACAAAGUGAAACAAGAAAAUACUUUAAAAUGAGGUAUUCAAAUCAAUUAUCUGAUUGGUACACGUCUAUAAAAACCUAAUUAAACACACACACACACACACACACACACACACACUUGCACAGCAUGUGUUAGAAUUGUGUACUUGUCUAUAUUGGUUUCCUUCCCAUAGCUUGUUUUUCUCUUGGUAUUUUUUUGAAAUACCCCUUCUUUUAAAAUUCCUCUUCCCAUUAUCGCCCAAUACACAACAAAAACCUUCACACUUCAUUGAGUUGCCUUUUAUAAAUGAUUGAAAUGAGAAUGACAUGACGAGAACUACAGAAGAGAAGCAACAAAGACGAACAUAUAAAUGAGAGAUUGUUUAUAUGAGAUCAAACAAAUUUAAUAUCGGAAUAAGAUGUGCUUCUUACACUACGUUAAAAGAAUUGAAAACGAAUGGGGCUGAAUGAAAAUCGAUACUUAAUAUUAAUUCAAGAUUAUUUCAUCAUCAAUUUGUGUCUGUUUACAAUUAAUGACUAGCAGAUUGACUGUUACUGAUAUGCUAGAAUGCAAGAACUGUGUUCGUAAAAUAUCUAUCUCUAUAUUUCCCUACAUUAUACUCUCUUCUCUGAAAUACGUUUUCUACAAUACAUCAAUGAUGGUAAUAUAUAAUAAUUCUAAUAACAAUAUGAGCAAUGAUAAUGUUUAAUGAUAAUGUUUGUGAAACACAUGGUUUCAAUAUUAAUAUGUACAAGGCGCAAAGGAAAAAAAUAGUUGUAUUUGUCUCUUUUUCUGCCUCUUUCCUAAAUACAUGAAUAAAAUUCACUGCAUCAAUCUUGCAGCCUACUUCUUCAAUGCUAAACUGUACAAGUAUUCCCUCUACCAGAACAAGAAAGCUUUCGAGUUCGACGAACAACAUGUAAACGAGAGAUUGUUUAUAUGAGAUAAAAACAAUUCAAUAUGAAUAAGAUGUGCCUCUUUCACUACGUUAAAAGAAUUGAAAACGAAUGGGGUUAAAUGAAAAUCGAUACUUAAUGUGGAUUCAAGAUUAUUCCAUCAUCAAUUUGUGUCUGUUUACAAUUAAUGACUAGCAGAUUGACUGUUACUGAUAUGCUAGAAUGCAAGAACUGUGUUCGUAAGAUAUCUAUCUCUAUAUUUCCCUACAUUAUACUCUCUUCUCUGAAAUACGUUUUCUACAAUACAUCAAUGAUGGUAAUAUAUAAUAAUUCUAAAAACAAUAUGAGCAAUGAUAAUGUUUAAUGAUAAUGUUUGUGAAACACAUGGUUUCAAUAUUAAUAUGUACAAGGCGCAAAGGAAAAAAAUGUGCCUCUUACACUACGUUAUAAGAUUUGAAAACGAAUGGGGUUAAAUGAAAAUCGAUACUUAAUGUGGAUUCAAGAUUAUUUCAUCCUCAAUGUGUGUCUGUUUACAAUUGAUGAUGGUAGAUUCACUUUAACUUUAUAUGCAAAAAUGCGAGAACUGUUUUUGAAAGAUUUAAUUUUAUAUCUUCCUACAUAUACUUUCUUCCUACAUAUACUCUCUUCUCUGAAGUACGUGUUCUACAAAACAUUAAUGAUGCUUAUAUAAUACUAAUAACAUUAACAGUAUGAGCUAAUGAGUUAAUUUGAAAGUAUUGUACACUAUCCUUCCAUCCAAACAUGAUCUAUGCAGAUGGCGUAUAAUGGACAAUGACCAGUGUGAUAUAUGUUAAGAAACAGAAACAAACUUUGCACGCUUUUUUGAAAUGUAAUAAGGUUCGAUUUCCUUGGAAAAUUAUUUUAUAAUUACUUUCAUGAGAAAAUAAAUAUUAAUGAAAAAUCACUAGUUAUAGGUUUAAAUUUUGUAAUAAACUUAAAUUAAACUUUAGGCUAAUUCAUAAUAUGCAUACUGUAUAUCCAAAUUCUCUAUGAUGGUAGAGAGUAUAAUAGUAAAAGUCUCUUUAUUAAUUUCAAAUAAAAACUACGAUAUUACAUAGUAAAUAAGCAAAGUUUCUUUUAUUGACAAAACAAAAAUAAAUUUAUUCCUGAAACUUUUAGGAUGUAACCAUUCGAUUAAUUACUUUUGUCUUUUAUAUUAUAUCAUGUAAAAUGUCAAUUGCUGUAAAUAUAUGUGAUGAUCAGUAUGUCAAAUGCAUAUUCUAAACAGACGUAAGAAAGAGCAAAGUGCUUAUUCCUCGAAUAAACCCUCGAAAAUGUAGGAUAAA